CGCGCGGCGCCUGCUGGGAGAAGGCGCCUCCGGCCCUGCUCGGGCCGUUUGAACUUGGCGGUCCUGAUGCAGGCGGCCGGGCCCUGGCGGGCGGUCUCUCCCGUUCCGUGCACCCGCUUCGUGGCCUGCUGCAGGCCGGGCCCCCGACCUUCCUCGAGCUUUGUCACCGACCUCAUAGCGGACUCCCAGGGCCCAGGACUGGAGGAGGUGGUGGUGACCGAGUGCUUGUCGCCGCUGCCUCUGAGCUGCAGCAACUCCACCCUGUCCCUGUUGUCUCCCCUGGGCCACCAGAGCUUUCCGUUUGGCGAGGACGACAGUGAAGGGGAGGAUGAAGAGGCAGUGGACGAAGAUGCCCGUGAGUCAGAGGCCAAGGUGGAGAGCCUGGAAGGAACGGAGUUACCGGGGCACUCCAGCUGUGAAGUUGAGUCACAGGAUAAACAAGAACAGAAGCAGGUGCUAUUACGGGAAAACAGCCUGACACCGUGGGAGAUGUGGUUUGUUGGCAAAGAAAAAGAAGAGCGUGGCCGACUACAGCAGAAAGUUCUAGAGGAAUUAAGUCAGCAAAUAGAAAAAACAAAAGAAAUGAAAGAGCGUGAAAAAAGAAAGAUAAUUGCUGAAGAAAAGCACAAGGAAUGGGUUCAGAAGAAAAAUGAACAGGAAAGGAAAGAAAGGGAACAAAAAAUUAAUAAAGAAAUGGAAGAGAAAGCAGCAAAGAAACUGGAGAAAGAACAGUUGCAAGAAAAAGCGAAAGCAAAAUAUCAAGAAUGGUUGAAGAAAAAAAAUGCUGAGGAGUGUGAGAAAAAGAAGAAAGAGAAGGAAAAAGAAAAGCAACGGCAAGCAGAAUUACAAGAGAAAAAGGAAAUAGCAGAAAAAAAGUUUAAGGAAUGGUUGGAAAAUGCAAAAAAUAAACCUCGUCCAGCUGCAAAGAGCUAUGGUUAUGCCAGUGGGAAGCUUACAGAUCUAGUCCUUCCCUCUCAUGAUCACCUUGCAGGAUGUGGACACAGCAUGCACAUCUUCUCAGUUGUAAGUCUAGGCUUCACAUGUAAGCACACAUGAAGCUUAUGUCUUUCUAGUCCUGCUUGUUUCACUCAACAUGAUUUUCAGUCCUAUCCAUUUUCCUCAAAAUGUCAUGACUUCAUUUUUCUUUCUGCUAGAAUAAAAUUCCCAUUGUGUAUUUGAACCACAUUUUCUUUAUCCAUUCAUCUUUUGAUGGACAUGUAGGCUGAUUCCAUUUCCUAGCUAUUGUGAUUCAUGCAACAAUAAACAUGGAUGUACAAGUAUCUCUAUGGUAUGUUGACUUUAAGUCCUUUGGGUGUAUACUCCAGAGCUGGGUCAUAUGGCAGUUCUUUUUUUUUGAGAAACCUCCAAACUGCUUUCUAAAGUGGCUGUAUCACUUUACAUUGCCACCAUCAGAGGGCUCCUCUUUCCCCACUCCCUUGUCAGCAUUUGUUGUCUUGAUGACAACCAUUCUGACUAGAGUAAGAUAGAUCUCAAAGUGAUUUUAAUUGCUUCAAAACUAAGGAUGUUGAGAACUUAAAAAAAUAUAUAUUUUGAGACAAAGUCUCAUUGUGAGCCUAGAACUCACAAAGAUGACCCACCUCUGCCUCCUAAGUGCAGUAAUUAAGAUGUACACCACCAAGCCUGGCAGCUUUGUCAAAUCCCUAUGACUAUACUUAUUUUGAGAAUUCUGUCUUCAGUUCAUCAGCCCAUUUAUUGACUGAAUGUUUUGCUCUUUAAGUGUUUCAUUUUGUAAUUAUUUUUAGAUUAAGAUUGUGAAUCUUCCAUGUAAAACUGUGUCAUUGGCAAAGCCUUCCCUGUACCUGGAAGUUUUUCCGAUCCUACCUGGCCCCACAGUCGGCAAAAAUCUCUCCCAACUCAUCCCACAGCUACUUGGUCCCAAGUAAACACACAGAGGCUUAUAUUACUUACAAACUCUAUGGCCUAUGGGUCAGGCUUCUUGCUAGCUAGCUCUUAUAACUUAACUCAACCCAUUUCUAUUAAUCUAUAUGUUGCCAUGUGGCCAUGGCAUUACCGAUCUGCUGGCAUCUUGUUGCUCCUUAGGCAGUGGUUUGGCGUCUCUCCACACUAUCCUUUCUCCUCUCACUAUUUCUCUUGGAUUUUCCUGCCUGGCUCCAUCUUGCCCUGCCAUAGGUCAAUGCAGCUUUAUUUAUUAGCCAAUGGGAGCAGCACAUAUUCACAGCAUACAGAAAGAUAUCCCACAUCACUUCCCCUUUUCUGUCUAAUCAAAAAAAGAAGGUUUUAACUUUAACAUAGUAAAAUUACAUAUAAGAGAACAGUUGUCAAGCAAGAAUUACAGUUACAAUAUCUAUUCUAUUUGUAUUUGGCAAAUGUAAAGAAAAUAUUCUAGCAUCUAUCCUAUAUUUGUGAGUCUAAAGUUUGAUAUCUAAUUUAUCUUUUAUCAUAACCAAUGAAAAUUAUAACUAUCUAGUCUUCAACUACACCAAAGACCCCAGAAGGAUAUAAUAUUACCUGAGUAAACAGGAAGUGUAUUGCAAGCAAUUUCCAUAAUUCUAGAAAGGACAGAGACAGCUGGCUGCCUGGACAGUCACCCAAAGUUCCUCUGCAACUUUGGGGCAUCCAUCUUCCACCUAUAGGCCUAGAGUCUCUCAGUCACUUUUCCCUGUGUCCUUAGAAUGUCUGGCAGUCUGCUCUGCAAAGCAGAAACCUGAAGGACCAUGUUUUGGCAAAAUUCAGUGGUCAUUUUCCUAUGGGUCCUGUAUACAACAUAUUAUCAAGCAGUCCAGGCAAGAGCAGUUUCUUGCCCAAAUGGCUAUUUUUGCCCUAAAGGAAGCAAACUCCAUAUGGAGUUUCUUUGAUGUCUAUCCUCCUCUUCGAAGCAAUUGGUGCUGCCAGGAGCAGACAUGUCUCAUUGUCCAGAAAGUCUAAGUUUUUAAAACAUUUUAAAUGCCAUAUUCUGUAAGUCUUUGAAGUGUUUGAAGAUUAUCUACCCUAAUUGAAAUAUAUCUAUGUAUACCUAGAAAACUAGCAUGACUAUAAGUUUGAUUAUCAUAAAUGACUAAUUAUUCUGUAUUUUUAAUUAUAUAUUACAAUUUUAAAUGAGUUGCAUACACAUAAUACCUUAAACAAGAAUAGAAAUGUAUGUAUAUAGUAUAACAAAAUUAACUUUAAAUUUGUAUCAAUAAACCAAAAUCCAUAGCAUUGUAAAACAUUUCAAAUAAGUUUUUGCUCUUUAAAAGUAGAUUCAACAAUUUGCUCUUUCAUCCUUUCUAUAUCCCCUUUUCUUCUUUAGAAAGAGAUUGCAUUUAUAAUCAGCCACCUUUAAAUAAAAAUAAAUAUUUAUAAACUAUAUGUUGGGAAUUUGGGGUGUAGCUUCUCAUACUACUUCCUGCUGGAUGACAGUGCUAGCAAUCUUAUGGGGAUCCUGAGAAAAUUAAGAAUUAUAGUUAAAUCUUGGCUGUAGUAGUCUGUGAGACUGUAUCGACCUUUCAGGGGGUCUUGGUUGAUCAAACCAUAUUAGCCUAGAAGCAAUCCAUACGUUUGCAUCUUCUGUGGAAACAAAAGCAGAACCUUUUUUCCAAAGCAACGUAUUCUUAGACACAAAUUUUGAAGUCAAGAUACUUUUAAAAUAUACAUAUAAAUAUUGGUUUAACUGAGUAGCCUUUACAGUCAAAUGUCUCUCUGCAGUUAAAAAAUCCCAGAGACAAUAUAAUAAUAUGCAGUAUCCGGAUUCUUUGUGUAAUUUUCAUCUUUAUAUAGCUUAACUUUUAUAUUUUGUUGGCUCUUUAAAGACUUUAUUUUUUAAAAACUAUUUCUUUAUUUAACUGCAUAUACUCCUUUUCCUCUCUCUUCCAAGCCUAUGUACAUUUUUACACACAUUGUAAACAGUUUUAUUCCAUCUGAAUCUGUCUUAUUGUGAAUCUGUUAUCAUUUUUUGACCAUUGAUUUAAACUGCAGUGUGGCUAGGACCUAAGCGGCAGCCCUGGCUGCUGGCUCCGCCCACCUCAGCUUCCCAACAUGGCAGAGGUACAUUUACCUCCAGCUCUGGAGAAACCAUGCUUACUUACCACCUGACUCUGGGAAUCAGUGGGUCUAUGCCUCCAUCCAGCAGCGUGUAGCCCAGAAACCCCUUUUUUUUUUCUAUACUAGCAAAAGCUAAAUCUACCAUGCAUUGCCCUGCACGGCUUGGAGACACCUCUGUGUACUGCAACAGGAAUUCACCAUGUUGUAGGUCAAGCCCACAUGCCAGGAACCCGCCUUACUGUAGCUCAAGCCCACACACUGCAGCAUCUCUUUUCACGGCUUGCCUGAGAGACCCAACUAGGAAGCUGUUUUUAGCUCCGUUUUAGAAUCUCUUUUUAAAGCUUUCCCAGGUUUUGGGUGGAAAUUCUUGGCCCACAUUGAGUGCCACUCUGCCAUUCUGCUUGCUUUCUUCACUCUGGUAAUUGUUUCCUGUGCUGUACAGGAGCUUCUUAAUAUGGGGUCAUCCCAUUUGUUAAUUCUUGGGAUUAUUUUCCUUGCUGCUGCAUCAUUUUGGACAAUUCUUGUCUGUGCCUGUAUCCUGAAGUGUUGUACCCAUUUUCUUCUAGCAGUUUGAAAGUUUCAGGUUUCACAUUAAAACCUCUUGUCCAUUUUAGAUUUAUUUUUUGUUCAAGGUGAAAAAAGGGGCUCUGAUUUCAUUCUUUUGCUUGUAUAAACCCAGUUUUUCCAGCACCCAUUGUUACAGUUUGCAUACUUAACUUUUUUUGGUUUUUUGAGACAGGGUUUCUCUGUGUAGUCCUAGAUGUCCUGGAACCCACUCUGUAGACCAGGCUGGCCUCGAACUCACAGAAAUCACCUGGCUCUGCCUCCCAAGUGCUGAGAUUAAAGUUGUGUGCUGCCACUGCCCAGCCACAAACUUACAUUUUCAAGCAAUGACUUCUAAUGAUAGCAAACAAAAAUUCUCAUGGUUGGCAUUGUAGUUCAGUGGUAGAGAGUAACUUUAGCAUUUGCCUGACUCUGUGCUCAGGCUCUAGGACUCCAAAAUAAAGUAUCUUAUUUAUUGGACCAUCGAACCUCAAUUGAGAUAUGUUUGCAAGGUCAUUUUGCUUUUUCUCUUUCUACCAGUCUUUAUGGUAGAGCUUCCAGGGUCCAAUGCAUUCUUUUAGAAGAGUAGAAUGCUAGACAGCACAUGACCAAAUGUACCCAGUUUGCCUUUAGGCUUGGUCUGAUUAUAAUGGCAAUGCAUGUUUUUCUUUGUGCUUCAUGUUAGAAACUCAUACCUUGCUGACAGCUGCCUUCACUUGUUUAAGUGAUUUAUUAUUAAAUACUCCCAUUCUGUUUUGUUCACACACUAGAACAUACUGCAGACUUUGUUUUGACUGUCUUGGUGAAGUGUGUGUUGACAUAUCUUUGCAGUCAGUGUGGACUGGGAGUGUCUGAAAGACACAUUCCUGCUGUCAGGACUAGACCUCUCUUUAUGUCACAGGCUCAUCUAUUAUGGAUACUGAGCACUGGCAUGGCAUAAAUUAAAUUUUUUUUAAAUUUUUUUGUUGAGAAAAAUGAUGAUGAUAAACAAUUAUUUUAACCAAAUGACAAGAUAGUAAAGUUAGGAUGGAGAUGUUGACUAGAAGUUAACUACCAAAAUAAUGGAUUAUUAUCUCAAUGCUUUUGGAUUUGUGAACUUAAUUUCACAUGCUGUGCUUCUCUUGUCUCCAUCCUUUAUGUCCAUAUCAUUGUUACAAAUUGCACAGUACAGGGAUUUCUGUCUCCACGGUGAGUGGAGGACUCAAAGCCAAUUCAUGGCAUGUUCUUCCUGCAUCCCAUUAUGGGUUGUCAGAUGUCACCAUUCUGUAAACACUUUGUGUGCAUUAGCAGAAAUGAAUGCCAAUUAGUGGUCAAAAUCCUGAGUUGACAGUAAUGCAGAAGUUGAAUGGUUCUAAAUUGGAAUCUUAAGUUAUUGUGGGCACUUAUAUAUAAUAAAGUCUUUAUUUUUUAUAAACUUUAGUAUCUGAUAAGGGACACUAUCACAUGAUUAGCCAUUUCCAAGACUGAAUUAAGAGCAUAAAGUUGUUUUGUUUUUUGGUUUUUUGCAUAAAGGUUUUAAGAAUUAUAAAAGAAAUUGCAUAGCAAACCUUUGUAAACAUUUUUAUUUAGAUAGGUUUUCACAGUAUUAUUCAAAUUCUCUGAAUUUUUAAUGUUUGCUACAGUGAUUACUAUAUUGGAACAAUGUUAUUUUUUUUUAAAACAUUUCAGGCUUCAAGUUUUAAGUUAGUGUAUUGAUUUACCAAUGAUACUUUGUCCUGUUGUCAUUUUAAUAUUUUUCUAGCAAUUAAAAUUUGAUUUCUUUGAUCUAAGAAUUUUUCUUGUUCAUUCUGAUUUUU